AUUUAAUUCUUUUCUCAAAAUAUUUUUUUAAAAUAAGACAUAAGAUGAAAUCAUCUAGUCAUAAACAAAAUAUUAACGGAAUUUUAUUAUGCUUGCUGGUGUGAGCAAACAAAAAUACUUUUUAGACAUUGGGUAUUUAUUAUUAUAUUUGAACUAGAUUCCAGUUAUACUUAAAGGAUAAAGAUUAAUACAGUCAACUAACGAUUCAUACUAUUUUAUUUUCUCUUUGAUCUGCUUAACUUAUGUGGUCGUGUUGUAAGUCUGCCGCCAAACUUCGUGAGCAUCUUAAGUUAUAAACACAAUUCAGGUCAGUUUGAAGUACAUUACAAUCGCUGAUGGCACAAAUCAUUAAUUAACAUCCGUUUCACUUCUGCUUCUUAUCACUAAAUAUUUUCGUCAUUAGUAUUGCUGCAAUCAAAUAUUUGUACAUAAUUUUUUUGUAAUUGAUUUUUAAUGGUUCUCAAAAGGGAUUCUAUAAAAACUAAUGCACUUUUAACAAAAUAUUAAGGUUAUCAAAAUUUUAUAAUAAUUUUAAUAUAUAUAAAAAAUACAUAUAAAUUGAUUAAGAUAAAAUAAGUUAUUUAAAACCAUUAAAACUUUUAUGUGCAAUAUAUUCAUAUAUGUAUAAAUAUAAUUAUAACAAUAUAGCUAUAUUUUGCAAUAUAAAAUAAUUAAUUUGGUAUUGUUGUUAAUUUAGUAACAGGAACUUAAACUUUCAUCCGAGCUAUCUUAGAAGUUUAAAAGACAAUCAGAAACUUACUUUCUCUCUGUGCUGUUAUUACUAAUAGUACUUUAUACUUUCCUCUAAUCUAAUAACAUUUAUUUAGCUAUCUUGUCAUAUCCUAAAUAACUUUGCCUUUCAGUUAGCUCAAGUAACAAAUAAGUAGAGCUACAUAUUAAAAUCAUGUCAUACCACAAAUUUAAUAAGUCCAUAAAUAUAUACCAUACAAAUAUACAUUCAUUUAAGCUUAUUUCACAUUAACUAUUAUAAUACCUCAUAGUUUUAUGCUUAUAUUAACAAAUUUGGCCAUCAUUUUUUAAAUAUCAACCCUAACAAAUCUUCAAAGCACUCUAGAUGGAAGCUUCACCUGAAGUGCCGCGUCGCACACGCGCUGCUUUAGCCGAGAUACCAGCGAGGCUUGAUAGAUUAAGAGUGACACCUCUCCGGCCUGUAACCAACACGAGAGAGGCUUCACCCUUGUUGCCUCCGGGUUAUCUCAGCCCUGCACCAUCACCUGAUGAGUUCCUCAUUCAGCAGAGAGGUCGUAAACGUCUCCCAGCGACAUGGUCUCCAGAUAUUGAUCUCAAGCGUAAUUCAACUUUCCACUCAGUAGUACGCACUCCUCCUAAGAAUACUGGUAGGAACACUCCUCCAAAACUUGGAGUAACAUUGCGUUCAACACCAAGGAAACGUCUUUUAUUGGGUGAUAACGAACGAGUACCACUAACUCCUGAGAAAAUUGAUUUCAGCGACAUCAGUACGCCACAGAAAUUCAAAAUUACAAGCCCCUUCAAAGAUUCCCCUCCCAUCAAAAGAUCCCGUCUUGAAAGAACUUUUGACGGAGAGUUCAAAGGCCCUUUGGACACCGCAUUGAAAGGCCUUAGCCCCACUCAACUGAUACACAUGAUCAAAAGAAUUACACACAAACAUCCAGAAGUAGAGAAGGAGAUUCGUUCAGAUAUGCCAAUACCAGAUCUCACACCAUUGGAGGAGAAAUUGAGUUAUCUGAAAUCAAAUAUCUUUAAAAGUCUACCAACAUCUCGUUUGACAUCCAAAACUGAUUCACCGGCCUACUCUAGAGUUGCGACUCAUUUGACAGCUUUCAAAAAAUGCCUCGUUGAUCAAGGGAAGGUCCUAGUUGAAUCCCAACAUUGGGAAUCUGUCAUUAAAUAUGUUUUCCUUGCUUGGAACUAUGUACGUGCCACACCUUUGUGGGAUAAUCAGCCCCAUAACGCACAGCGGAAACAGUGCUUUAAAACUCUUAUUAAUUUUUGUAUGACUGCGCUGAAGAAAGGUACUUUUGAUAAGGAUUAUAUGAUUGACAUUCAUGAUAAGCUUCAAGGGAUAGAAUCUGACAGUGAAGAUGUCCAAUCGUGCCUUAAGUAUGUCAACGGACAAUUACAGGGUGUUCUUUAAGCUAUGAAAUAUUUGUUUUUUUUAGUUCUUUAGUCAUAAUUAAUGCAUUUCAUAUAAGUCUAUAUAAUUAUAAUGCUGUGUUAAGUAAAUUAAUUUUAAAAUCAAUGUUGUAUUUUGAGCACCCUGUACAAUUUCUGUACAAAGUCGUCUAAUUGAACUUGAGUUUUUUUUUUAUAAAUAAAUAAAAAUGUAUUGAGCUGUGAGUAACGCCAAAUGUUAAUGCUUUUUAUUUAUUGCUUUUUCUCAAUUCAUCGUGAUUAAAAUGAAAGUAGAAAAUAUUUCUAUAGCUAUGGAAUUGUGUAGGUAAUUUUUCUUUUAUAUGAUUAUUAUAAUAUAUUGUAAUUUGUAGCAAAUUUUUGUAUGGUUUAAAUUCAAAUUUUGUAAGUAGAUUUAAAGGAAAUUAGUCCAUGUUAAAAGACUAGUUAAGAGUUACUUUGGUGUAAGCUUUCGAUUGUACGAUUAAUUAUUAUCACUUAGUAAUUAGUAUGAAAUUGUCAAUUCAUGGAUGUAACAUCUUACUUCUACAUGUGCCUUUUAGUGAUAAGUUUAAAUAUUUUUUGACAAAUAUCCCUCGAUAUUAUUGUACCCAGUUUUAAUCAUAAGUAAUAAUAAUUUUGAAAUAAAUUGUGUUCCCAAAA